AUGGAGCCAAAUACGCUACUAGUUACAGGUUCGUUUUAAAGUUUAAAAAAAGUGAAAAAUGUUUUUUUGAGCAAAAAAAUAUCUAUGACGAGGAGUCAUAGUAUUUUAAUAGCUGAAUUUCAGGCUCGAAAAAAAUUCUGAGCAAAAAAAUAGGUGCAAAAGUAGAGUUAUAGUAUAUUAUAGUUGAUUUUUGAAUCCAAAAAUGAAAAAAAAAUUUUUUUGUGCAGAAUUUUUAAGAAUAAGUACCAAAUCUAGCUUUUUUUAUUAUUCGAUUUUUUUCGGUUUUUAAAAAAAGAUUUUUUUGAGCAAAAAAAUAAAAAUUGAUUAAAAUCCUACAGUAGCUAUUACUGUCCUGGAGUUCUCAAAUUUUUUUCUGAAUUUUUUUCAGUCGGAUCCGCUAGAGGGCUCUAUUUGAAGAAUAAAACUGAAACAGAAGCUUAUGCCACGAUUACUUUACAGGUUUGUUUUUAAUUUUGAUUUUUUUCAAAGAUUUUUUUCAUUUCGAACGAUGCUCCAAUGAAAGAACUACUGAAGUUUUUGCGUUUUUUUCUGAUUUUUUUCUUGCAAACCUAAAUAGAAAAAAAUCGAGAAAAAAACUGUAAUUUGUAGUGUCGUUGGAGUUUUUUUGUAACGAGGCUCCAGAUGACAGCCAUUUUUAAUUGAAAAUUUCUUCUUUUUUGAGAUAGGGAAAGUAACAAGAUAUUUGGAAAAGAUGCUCCAAUUGAAAUUUUUUUACUGGCUUUUAAUAAAGAAAAGCAGGUAAUCAAUCCAAAAAGGUAGCAGAUUGGAGUUGAAGAUGACCGUCCUUUGGAGCAUCGUUUCAAAAAGAAAUUAUCGAUUUUUAAACCUUUUCUGCGUAUCUUGGGAGCGCCUCAGUGUCCACUAGAGGGGUUAGGGCAGAUCUUGAGUGGUCCCUAUAGUGGUCUUUUAGUUUUCCUUUUCCUUAUUGAAAGUCAAAAAUACGUUUAGGGACCCCUAGCAUGCUCCACUAGAGCGGCCACUAACUAAAACCCCUUUAGGGACCACUUUUGCAAGCUUUAGUGAUCCCUAUAGAAACACUCUAUCUUGCUUGAGAUAGUUUUCAAUCCUUGUUUGUGCAGGCUCUUUUUUAGAUUUCCUCUCUCCCAUUUUUUUUUGUCCGAAUAUUUGCCUUUUUCCAGGGAAAAGGCUCUUUGCGAAGUCGUGCCGCCACAGAGUUUGUACAUACACAGGGCGACUGUUUAUGGGACGAAACUUGUGAAUUGUGAGCUUUUCACAACAAUUUCUGUGGAAAAUGUGGAAUUUCCAGCAAAUUGAAUGAGAAAUGGACGACGGUUUGCGUCUCUGUGCAACACAAGGGCAAAAUCGGCUCCGGAGGUAGGUUUUUAGGCCAAAAAAUUGGAGUCUUAGGAGACAAUUGUGUGAUUUUUUUCAUUAAAAAAACCUUCAAGAAGGUCAAAAAAACGCAAAAUUUGAAUUAAUAAUUUUUUUAAAUGAAGCCGGAAAUUUUUGAAUAAUUUAUGGCUUUGCAGUGCAACUAAAAUCCUACAAAAACGGAGUUUUUUUCAAAAAAAUUUAUGUAUUUUUUUGAGAAGAAAAUGGUCCAAAAUAAAGUUAAUUAUUGUCAAUUUUUUUGUUAAGAAUUCAUUUCUAUAAUUUUUUUACAAUAAUAUUGAUGGGAAAAGUAUAAAUUUUUCGCUCCAAAAAUUUUUGAGAAAUUGGUCAGAUUUUUUUGAAGUUUUACGGGUUUUUAAGAAAAAAAUCGUGUAGAAGUGAAGCUCUUUGUACUAUUUAUUUGAAAAAGAGUGAAAUUUGAAGUUUCUGUAAUGGAAAAAAAUGGAGCAAAAAAAGGCAGUGAAAAAAACGAGUUUUUUCUUAUUGCUCAGAAAAUCACAAAGAAAGGAAUUUUUAGUACAUUUUUUUGAAUAAAAUUUCGAUUUUUUUAUUCAUUAACUUCUAAAAAAACUGAAGAAAACAAAAAUUUAUUCCAUUUGGUUAAAUCGGAUCAGUUUUUGAAAAACAAUCAAAAAUUUAUUUUUUUCAAUGAAACAGCAAAGGAAAGGUGAAUCGAGAUCAGCUUAUUCAUUUCGCUCAAGCUACACUGCAUCUACUACUUUUUUGCUCCCCCUGAUUUCUUUUUUUAAUUUUUUUUUUUUUGAGGACGAAUUUCCAAUUUCUCGAAUUUCUCAUGGUUUGAAGAGCGUUCUGUAUGAAAAAAACAACAUUGUACUAAAUCAAAAAAAUUGCAUUGGAAUUUUUUUAUGAUUCUCGCAAGAAGUUGUAAGAUCAUUUCUGCUUCAAUUUCAUAUCUGUUAAUAUGAGAGAUAAGAAGAUCCAGAUUGGUACAAAAUUGUGAGAAAAAAAUGAGAUUUUUUUGGGCUUUUUAAUAUUCAGAUUUGAUCGGCAAAUGUGAGCUGAGCCUCCAUGAUGCUCGGCAAUACGGUAGCACCACCUGGUUUCCGUUGAAGAAGAAGAGCGGAGACGAGAAAUAUAGGUUAUUUAUUUUAUAUCAUCCAAAAAAUAGAAAAUACAGACUUGUGUGCUCCAUGGGUAAUUGUGGGAGUUUUUAGCUAAAAUUUUUCUCCAAUCCUAUGAAAUUUUGAUCUUCAAUUCUCUUGACUUGAGCAAUUUUUCAUCAAAUGAGCCAAAAGGAGAGUCUCAAAAUGAUUCGAAGUGCUCCAAAUCGGGAAAAUCAACUACUUUACUACAUUUUGCAAGUAUUUCUACUCGAAGAAACCCAAAAAAAAAAGAGACAAAAUAGCCAUCUAGCGCGGAACUUGUGCGCUCCAUGGAUAAUCUUCGAAAAGCUUCAAAAGUUGCUCCUUUUUUCAAAUUUCUACUUGGCAUGAGCAAUUUUUAAUCAAAUGAGCCAAAAGGUGAGUCUCAAAAAGAUUAGGAAGUGCUCCAAAUCGGAAAAAGCAGCUAUUUUACCACAUUUUGCAAAUAUUUCUUCUAUAGAACAGUAAAAAAAGGAAGAAGAGACAAAAUAGCCGUGUAGGGCGGAACUUGUGCGCUCCAUGGAUAAUCUUCAAAAAAAGCUUCAAAAGUUGCUCCUUUUUUGAAUUACUUGACUUGAGCAAUUUUUAAUCAAAUGGGCCAAGAAGAACGUCCUGAAAUGAAUCGAAAAUGCUGCGGAUUUAAAAAAUCAACUGGUUUGAAAAAUCUUUGAUGUAUUUCUCCCCAAAGAAUAGCAAAAAAAGAAGAGAAAAAAUAGCCGUCUAGGGCGGAACUUGAAACGGAUCGAAAAUGCUGCGGAUUCGAAAAAUUAACUAUCUUGAAACAAUUUUCCCGCCUUUCAGAAGUUUUUAAGACUUCUCUGCGCUCUCUUCUGCUUUUCAAAUGUUCCUAUGACCUUUGAGUUGAGAAAAAAGAGGGAACAGACAGGUCAGAAAAUUCCUAGCUCUGAUAGAUGCUCCUAAUAACAGACUUUUCACGAUUUUAAAUGUCAUGAGGAUCAGUUGCACUUUUUAAAAAAAUAGAGUUCAAUUUUUACCUUGUACCUGCGCCCGAAUUUGUACGGCUUCUUCUCAUGAUGUAGGAAGCUUUCCUGAGUCGAAAAGUUUCUGUUGGCCAGACAUUUACGACUCUAUUUGUCAUUGAAUUCAAAAUCGUUUCAUAGUCUUUGAAAGAAUGGCAAAGUUCUCAGAAAUUUCCAGUAUGAACGGUAUUUUUUUUUUUCAAAACCAGUAGAAACGGUCAAGUUACUCUCUACCGAAACUCUCUGAAAUAUAAGAUCAAAAGAAAAUUUUUUCAGAGGCGAGGUGCAGCUGUGCUUCAAGUUCAGCUUCGAGAAGCCGACCCUCUCCGUCUCCAGCAUGUCGCUGAACAAGGUGGAGAAGGAGGGCGGCGUCCUGAGCAACCUCAAGAAGAAGAUCAAAAUGGCGAAACACAAGCACGCCGAGGACACCAUGUCGAUGGCCAGUGGCAUCAGCGCCAUGAGCAUCAAGAGCAACAAGAGCAACCGGUUUUUCGACAAGAUCAACCGCACGUUCGGAUCCAAUAAGUGCGGGUUUUUUGCGAUAUCGCGUGAAGUUUAUGUUCUGUAAAGAGUGGUGCAAAGGGUAAGAACCAUAGAUUAGUAGGAGAUUAGACUAGAAAAAAUGUGUUACUUGAGAGAUUUUUGCGACAUCGUGUAAAGUUUAAGCUCUAAAAGUAGUCGUACGAAGGGUAAAAAAACCAUUAAAUAAUAGGAGAUUAAACUAAAAGUUUUCGCGAUAUCGCCUUUUGACUUUUGCGAUAUCGCGAAGGUUGAAAAGUGAAAAAAUUAGGAGAUUUGGCUAGGUAACUCUAAUAAGUAAAGAAAAAAGACUUUCAGGUCAAAUAUGGGAGUUUUUCAGAUAUAGUUUGACUUUCAAGCUUCAAAAAUCAAUUUCACAUUUGUAUUGCCUUUAAAUUGACUUAUUCUACUCUAAGUUAUUGCCAGAUCCACAACCCUGCCACCGGGGACGUUCCUCGCCGCCCCAGGACUUUCUUCGCCCCAUCUUGACCGGACCGGCAGCUCCAAUGCCAUGUACGAGUCUUGUCUCAACGGCUCAUCUAGAAUCGCCAAUCCGGAGAACUCGAUCGAUAAUCAUAGGUUAGAACUUUAUUUUUCGGCUCUUAUACAAGAUAGCUGCUUUUUCGGUGCGAGAGAAAAGCGAUAUCGCUAGCGGUAUCACAGAUUUCCUGUUGCGACAUCGCGUUUAUCUCGCACUCCAAAACUUCAAAACUCGAGAUCGCGCCAAAAAAAUAAGCCUGUCACUUUCGCGAUGCCGCCAGCGACAUCGCUUUUAUCUCGGCAGUUAUACAAGUAUUUUCACAGCGGGUACAAUCCGUUCGACGAGUCUCCGGCCAGGUCGCCAGUCAUUGGCUACGCUCCCCAGGAAAGGAAGUCCAGUGUCAUUCCGCCUGCCCCUUCGGCCCGCUCUAGCCUGGCCGCUGGGAUCAUUUCUCCAUCGGUAAUUAUUAGCCGCUGAGAAUAAUAUUUAUUUUUCCGACUUUGGGCUUCCCUAGCCGGAUCUUUACAACGGGGCGGAAGCAUCAGAAGCAUCGCCUCUUCCGGAUUCGAAUCCUCCAAACAUCAGGUUCCUUUGGAAUCCUCUUCGACUACUCCCGAAUUCAGUUCCAGCAGAAGCAGCUCGACGCCUCGAACGGUCAGGACCUUCUGGCGGUCAUCGACAGCCUCAAGCUGGAGCUGCAGGUCAAGGAUUCCCGGAUGAAGGACAUGCAGGAGUAUAUGGACAAUUUGGUGAGUUUCGGCUUGGAAUAAGUCGAUUUUCUCAAAGAUCUGAAGGAACCUUUACGAGCUUACUAGACCCAAGGAGAAAAUACACUUUUUCCUGGAUUCUUGGAGAAAUAUGGGUUUUUUUUUGAAGAAACUCUGUGGAAAUGGUCUAGGGGGGUACAGUUCGGAAUUUACGACCUUGGAACUAUUUUUUAAGGAAAAAAUUUUUUUUAAGCUUAGAAGCUUAGAAAGCUUAUUAAAGGAGCAGGAGAGUGAAUCAUCUUUUUUUUUGAAUGGAAUUUUUUAAAUGAGCCGAGAAAAAAAGGACUGAGGAAAUACAGUUUAGAGUUGUGAGCCUUGGCUUCAUUGGGCAUGAUUUUUUUUUUUCCAUCUAUAGAAGCUUAGAACGCUUAUUAAAGGCGCAUAAGAAAAAAUGAUCGUGUUGAGAUUUUUUUGGCUUUUUUUGUUUUGAGCUUCUAGUUUUAUAGCGCAAUUCAUUCAUGAUUUUGUUAUUUUUUAAUCGAUAACCAAUGCUUCCAAUUUUGGCGCUUAUUAAAGGCGCAGAGGAUACUUUUUCGUUUCGAGACUAUUUGAAAAGUUUUUAGCUGGGUUUUGUAUGAUUUUUUGAUGGAAUAGCGCUUAUAAAUUGAAAUUUUCAGACUCUGCUCGCCUUGAAAUUUUAUUAUUAAAGGCGCAUAAGUUCUAUAUCUCGUCUCGAGACCAUUAAAAAUGUUUUUUUGAUGCAGUUUGAGCUUGUGUUUUGAAAAAAAAAAAUUCAAAAAUAGGUCAUUAAAAAUUGAAAAAAUGGAAAUUUGAUAACCUUUUUCGAGAACAUUUCUCAAUGCAGCUAUGUCCCUUUAAUAACAUUUUUUUCAGAUCUCACGGGUCAUGGUGAAGAAUCCGGAGCUGUUAGCGGCUCCAGUUGGCGAGAAGCCAAAACGACGAUUCUUCUGA